AUGUCUGGAUCAUCAUCAUCGGCCAUCCCAUCUAUACAUGUCCCUUCUGCUGCCACUGCUGGUAGUACGGCAACAACGUUAUCGCACAUAGUAACGGGUCACUCUUCUUCAAGACAAUCUGAUCACCAACAACACUCAACACAAUCAAGGCCUCCCGACUCGAUCUCUGCCUCUACUGGUAGUGCUACAGGCGUCUCCACAGACCACAGCAGGCACUUACACCCACACCAGCAGCCACAGCAACAACAACAACAACAACAACAACAACAACAACACGAACAUCAACGCCAACAAACCCAUCACCAACCCCAAUUGACUCGAGACUCUCAACCACCACCUCCUCCAACACAAUCACAAUCCCAAUCCCAAUCACAACCACAACCCGAACCCUCGACGAUAUUCGAUGUCGAUGCCCAUGCUACCGUCCUGGCAGCAACAGCCGCUGCCGCUGCCAACCAUGACCUCCAAGCUCUCCAGGCCGCUGUCGUAGCUGCUCCCGACGUUGUUGGUCAACCAUCACAACCACCAAUAGACUCGGGGAACAUAUCAACUCAUCAAGCAUACCCGCCUGAAACAGUGGCCAUAUACACAGAGGCACUUCAGAUGGCUUCCCAGUCAGCCUCUCCGACCUCUGCUUCAGCCGCCAAACCCCAAUCCAAGCCCACUCGCCUGCGGAGGGCGUGUGACAUGUGUAGUUCAAGGAAAGUCAAGUGUGAUGAGACUCAUCCUUGCCGACCAUGCCGCGACCUCCAGGUAGACUGUACAUUUAAUAGGGAAAUGAGGCGUCGAGGUCCUCCCAACAGGCAUGCCGAAGCUGCCAGAGCGGCUAAGCGUCCACGACUCGAACCCGCCUUGCCGAACAACAUGGGACACAAUACGCAGCCUCACAAUGCCGCCCAGACAUUGAUUUCCAUCGCUGGAAACUCGCAGGCCGGCCCUUCACAGGCGCAUGGGCAGAGCCAUGCUAUUUUCGAUGCAGAAGCUAUAGCCCCAUGGCCUAUGUUGAUUCUUCUCGUCGACGACUUCUUCACCUACAUACAUCCCUUGACGCCCUUUCCCCACGAGCCUACUUUCCGUCAGCAAUUGGCCAACCGCGAAGACCAGAAAAGCCACGAGUUUCUGGCCUUGCUCGCAAGCAUGGUUGGCUCUCUGGUUGCCUCGUUUCCCAGGACAGCACGGUUGCAUCUCAAGUCACAACAUGGCAUGAAUCUUUUCCCCAAAGCCAUUCACCUCGUCGACCGGUGCCGCCAUGUGGCCAUGGAAGCCCGUGGUACAUACUUCUACAACCGAGAAGACAUGACGGUUUACGACGCAGCCACAAGUUAUUUCCUCGGCCUGGCUGCUGCUUACACCUUGCAAUGGAAGGUGUGUCGCCGCUUCAUGUCAGAAACUUCGAACAUGAUCAGAGAACUGGGCUACCAUAAACCGCGGGACUUUUUCGCUGUCACCUAUCGAGGCCCUGCCUUCGAUCAUGUUCAGGACCAGAUCGGCAAGCGUGUCUUCUGGGUCAUGUUUCUCGGUGUCCGCUCAAUGAUGCAACUCGGCGGACCCAUGGGCGAGAUAGUGUUCCCACCUCCUACGCCCGCCGAGCCGUAUCCCGAUUUCCCCGUUGAAGUGGACGACGAGUACAUUCUUCCCUCCCAAAUCCUGGUGCAACCCCCUUCUAUCGUGUCCCGCCUGACAGGUUUCGUCCAGGCCAUCAAGAUUUACAUGACCAUGAACUCGUUGGUUAGCAUUGAGCUGUCGUACGGCCUGACGACACUGCCCUUCCACGAUCAAAAGGUUAUGUUACACGACUGCUUGCAAGCUGUGAAGCAGGUUAUGGAAGGCAUGCCUCCAGAACUUACUCUGAACUUAGACAGCAAUACCGCCAACGGUGUGUCAACAAGCCUGGGUGAGCUACCUCAAGUUCCCGCGCCCCAUGAUGCUCUUAGCGAAAGUGGAUUUCAGUAUUGCCCACCCGCCUAUCCUGCACAUCAGCCGGCCUCAGACAUCCGGCAUGUCAUCAACAACGACCCGGGACGUCGUCGCCUGCUUCAGUAUGAGAUCCAAAAGGCAAAUAUCUAUGCCUCGCAAGUCGCCACACGCUCCUACUACGUCGAACGCUACUUGAAUCUCCGCGACGCCCAUCGCGAGCAUACCCGCAACCAAGCGGCACAAGCAUAUGCCGCAGUCACCGCCGUGGAAAAUGGCGUUAGCAAUGGUGUGUCGCAUGAUAGUAAGAGCGUUGCGGCUGCUGCUCUACACGCUGCUGCGGAGCAUCUGUCUGAUCCCAUCGAUGAGAACAUGACCGCCGAGCGUGAGCUCAUCGUUCAGAAUCUCCUUAUCGUGCUUGCUUCUAUCUCUCAACGCAACAUGGAGCCCAAUGGCGGAUCCUUGAUUAAUAAGGUUCGGCAGGUGGCUUCCACGCUCGUCCACGAUGCUCCUGGGCGUAAGGGGCCUAUGGCCACCAAAGCUCAAGAGCCUCUCACCCGCUUUCUAGACAUUCUUAUGAGGCUGGAGAAGACUGGGCCAGGGAACGCGGACCGAAGUGACGGGACCAUGACUCCGCAGGAUGAAGAGAUGGAACUCAGGAGCUGGGCGGACCUGCGAGAGCACCAGAUGCGGUUUUACCAGAGUGGAGGAUUCAUGGGUCAGAUCUAA